UUGAGAUCCAUGGGUAGAUCGCCAUGUUGCGAGAAAGCUCACACCAAUAAGGGAGCUUGGACUAAGGAGGAAGACGAGCGGCUCACCGCCCACAUCAAGGCGCACGGCGAGGGAUGUUGGCGGUCGCUCCCGAAGGCCGCCGGCCUUCUUCGUUGCGGAAAAAGCUGCCGCCUUCGAUGGAUCAAUUACCUUCGCCCUGAUCUCAAACGAGGAAACUUCACUGAAGAAGAGGACGAGCUCAUCAUAAAGCUCCAUAGUCUUCUUGGCAACAAAUGGUCUUUGAUAGCGGCGAGGCUGCCGGGAAGGACUGACAAUGAGAUAAAGAACUAUUGGAACACGCACAUCCGGCGGAAGUUGAUGAGCAGUGGCAUAGACCCUGCAACCCACCGUCCACUCCACGAGCAACAAGGGAAGACGACGAUAUCAUUCAUUAAAGGAGAGGAGAAAAUUGUGGAGUUUGAGGGGAGAGAGGAAGGAAAGAAAAGCAGUAAUAGUAGCAGUGAAGAGAUGUCUAUAUGGCUUCGACGGUGGCCGGAGGAGGAGAAGAAGCAGUGGAGAUGUCCGGAUUUAAAUUUGGAGUUAUGUAUGAGUCCUCCUUCUCAAAAGCAACAAGUUUUGUGUCAGGAGCCCGUGAAGAGUGAAGAAUUAAGCCUUUGUUUUAAUUGUAGAUUGGGCGUGAGUAAGAGCUCUGAGUGCAAGUGCGGUGGCGGCUUUCUUGGACUCAACAGUGGAGUGCUUGAUUACAGAAGCCUGGAGAGCAACUGAGAGGAUUUUCACAUAAAUUUUUUUCCUUUUCGUUUUUUUAAUGGUGAGAGGAAAGAGAAUAUUGUAAUUUAGUAAUGAGUAUCUUCUUCUCAUCUUUGCA